UCAACGGCAGUGUCACAACCGACGGGAAAAUUUCUAGUAUUAACGGCAUCGUUACAGCCGACUAGAAACUAUCUCGUAUCAACGGCAUCGUUACAGCCGACUAGAAAACAUCUAGUAUUAACGGCAGCAGUCAUCGCCGACGUGAAAAGACUUCGUAUCAACAGCCACAAAACUUGUGAACAGUGCUGCAGACAUCAUGGCCAUAAAUAAUGACAUUAAAAAUACAGUGAUAAAGCUAGGAGAGAAGUUGAGAGAACUUGCUAGCUACAAAGUGGACUACAUUAGCAUAGCAACUACUGUCCCACUUACAGAAGACCUAAUCAACCAGAGACGCAAUCUAGGCAACAAGUCAACAGAGUGGAGAACUAGGUCAAGGGCAGCUGAGCAGAAGGUAACUUUAAUCCAGUAUCAAGUUCAUAGUCUUUUUAAAGAUACUAAUGAGACUUUAAUUAUAGUUAAAGACUGUGAUGUCAAGAUAGCAGGAUCGAAACAAAAAUGUUUGGACGCCAGAGCUGAGCAGAAGAGCCAGAGCCAAGGUCAGAGCCAGUGCCAGAGCCAAUGA